AUGAAGCACGCAGGGAGCGGGCGGCAGGAGAGGCGGGCCGCCGUCCCGCUGUACGACGCUGACACAGGGCUGCUGGUGUUGGCGGGGAAGGGAGAAAACCUCCUGUACUGCUUCGAGGUGGCACCCGCGCAGCCGGCGCUCACCCAAGUGACCCAGUGCCGGACAGAGGGCAGCACGCGGGGCCUGGCUGCCGUGCCGCGCCUGGCCCUGGACGUCAUGGCCUGCGAGGUGCUCCGCGUCCUGCAGCUCACCGACACCGCCCUCGUCCCCGUCAGCUACGUGGUACCACGCAAGUCCAUCCAGGACUUCCACGAGGAUCUCUUCCCUGACUGCGCCGGGACGCUGCCGGCCACUGGUGCCCAGGCCUGGUGGGCGGGGGACAGCCAGCAGGUCAGUGUCACCCGGGUGGGCGUCCCAACCAGUGGCAUUGCCCGGGGCUGCCACCGGCCCCUGCCCACCGCUCUGCCCGCCGGCAGCUGGGGCUCUGCCGGGGUGGGGACACCCGGGGUGCUCACCUGUCCCCUGCCUGCCCCAGGGCCCAGCUCCCGCUUCCGACACGCGCAGGGCAGGGUGCUGCACCGCGACACCCACCUCACCAACCUGCGGGGGCUCAGCCUCACCACACCGGGCGAGUGGCCCAGCUCCCGCUUCCGACACGCGCAGGGCAGGGUGCUGCACCGCGACACCCACCUCACCAACCUGCGGGGGCUCAGCCUCACCACACCGGGCGAGUGUGACGGCUUCUGUGCCAACCACCAGCGUGUCGCCCUCCCCCUGCUCUCCGCCGGCGGCCAGAUCGCCAUCCUCGAGCUCUCCAAGCCGGGCCGCCUCCCCGAUGCAGCCGUGCCCACCAUCCAGAACGGCGCGGCGGUGGCCGACCUCUCCUGGGACCCCUUCAACCCGCGGCGCCUCGCUGUUGCGGGUGAAGACGCCAAGAUCCGGCUGUGGCGGAUCCCUGAGGGAGGGCUGCGGGAGACGCUGCAGGAGCCCGAAGCCAUUCUCCGAGGUCACACGGAGAAGAUUUACUCCAUCCGCUUCCACCCUGUGGCAUCCGAUCUCCUGGUCUCCUCCUCCUAUGACAUGACAGUGAGGAUCUGGGAGUUGAGCACCGGGCGGGAAGCCUUGUGCCUGCGGGGACACACCGAUCAGAUCUUCAGCCUGGCUUGGAGCCCCGAUGGGAAGAAGCUGGCGACGGUGAGCAAAGACAGCCGGUUACGGCUCUACGAACCGGGAACCCCCCCCCCGGGCACCUGCCCGCACCCCCAGCUCUCUCCGAGCAGGCAGGGUGACCUUCACCCCACACAGGAGGGUCCGGGUCCCGAGGGGAGCCGUGGAGCGCGCCUGGUUUGGGUUUGCGGCGGCGACUACCUCCUGGUGUCCGGCUUCGAUAGCCGCAGCGAGAGGAGGAUCCUCCUCUACCGGGCGCAGGCUCUGCCCGAGGGACCCUUGUCCGUGCUCGGCCUCGACGUGGCUCCUUCCACCCUCCUGCCCUUCUACGAUGAGGAUACCAGCGUUGUCUUCCUCACCGGCAAGGGUGACACCAGAGUCUUCCUCUACGAGGUGACACCCGAGCCCCCCUAUUUCCUCGAGUGCAACAGCUUCACCUCCAACGAACCCCACAAGGGCUUCGUCUUCUUGCCCAAAACGGCGUGCGAGGUGCGGGAGGUGGAGUUCGCCCGGGCGCUGCGCCUGGGGCAGAGCACCCUCGAACCGGUGGCUUUCCACGUGCCACGCGUCAAGAAGGAGUACUUCCAGGACGAUAUCUACCCGCCGACCCGCGUGUGGUGGGAGCCGGCCCUCGGCGGCAGCGCCUGGCUGGCAGGGCAGGACGGGCAGCAGCGCCGCACCAGCCUGCGGCCGGCUGACAUGACGCCAGUGAGCGAGGCCCCAAAGGAGGCUCCGGCGCGCAAGUUCGUCCCUGCGUCCGUCUACCUGGAGGAGAAGUCUGACGAGCAGAAGAAGGAGGAGCUCCUGAGCGCCAUGGUGGCCCGGCUUGGCAACCGGGAUGACCCGCUGCCUCAGGACUCCUUCGAGGGGGUGGACGAGGACGAGUGGGCCAAGUACCUGGCGCAGAUCAUCCUGGUGGGGGCCCAGGUGGUCGGACGGGCCUUCAUGCGGGCGCUGCGCCAGGAGUUCGCAGCGAGCCGAGCGGCGGCAGAUGCGCGAGGGCGCUCGGAGAGGCCCCAGUCCGCCGCGGCCUCCAGGAUCAUCGGCAUCAGCCUCCAGGAAGCCCAGCAGAUCCUCAACGUCUCAAACCUCAACCCGGAGGAGAUCCAGAAGAACUACGACCACUUGUUCAAGGUGAAUGACAAAUCAGUGGGAGGCUCCUUCUACCUGCAGUCCAAGGUGGUGAGAGCCAAGGAGCGGCUGGACGAGGAGCUCCGCAUCCAGGCCAAGGACGAGAAAGAGAAGGGGUGGAAAGCCGAGACGUGACUCCCGCCGUCCCCACGCCCCGUGUCCCUCACCCUUAACUUAUAGGUAGCCAAUAAAUACCAUGUCCUCCA